UGAGACACAACCACGCAUCACUGAAACAGCAGCAGGGCGAGGACAGAUCAUCCCUCCAUCUUUCUCGCUGGGAAAACAAGAUAGCAUUUUCAAUAAUUGAAGCCGUACACAGCUUCCUACAUUAUUGAACAAAAUCAGAGCCAAGAUAUUACAGGAAAAUACUGCACCAGGCGAGCGUCUUCUUCGUAGCAAAGGGAGCACGGUGUUAAAUCAGACGGACAUUUUCAGCACCUUGGACAGCGACAAUGGCUCCGAUGGUGGUAAAGGGAGACCAGAUCGUGGCAGUGCCAGUAGGUGUUGCUUUGAUGAGUAUCUUUGGCCUUGUCUUCACUAUGUCAGCUUUCGCAUGGAUAUGUUGCCAGCGCAAAAACACUAAAUCUCAGAAGACACCCCCUUAUAAGUUUGUGCACAUGCUCAAAGGGGUCGAUAUCUACCCCGAGAGCCUCAAUGGCAAGAAGAAAUUUGCCGCACCUGCCGCCACAACAACCAAUGAAGGCAACAAAACUGAUGUAAAUGGAAAUUGCCAUACUGCAUCGACAAUGAGCCCAUCUGGUAAACUGGUGUCAAGUCCAAAAGAUUCCAGACAGGUUCUGCACCUGGAUUUGGAGAAGCGGGACCUGAAUGGCAACUUCACUACCAAGCCGUUCCAUCAUCACCACCAGAAGGUGCGAAGCUCCCCAGACUUGGAGCUGCCCUCUCCGCAUGCAGGGUUCACCCAACCUGGGAUGAUUGACCGCCAUGACCUUCCUUCUCCAUCCAGCACCCUCUCAAGCCAGGCUCCCACACCUGCCGUUGACAAGCCUCAUGGAGAGGAGAAAGAAGGUGGGCUGGGAACUCUCCAUUUCUCCCUGGAAUACCAGCCAGAGAGGAAGGCAUUUGUUGUCCAUAUUAAGGAAGCACAUGGCCUUACCCCAACUGAUGAGCAGUCCCUGACCUCUGACCCCUACAUCAAACUUACACUGCUGCCAGAGAAAAAGCACCGGGUGAAGACCAGAGUUCUGAGAAAAACCCUUGACCCUGCCUUUGAUGAGACCUUCAGCUUUUAUGGAAUCCCUCUUGCCAGAGUGUCAGAGUUGGCCCUUCACUUCAUGGUGCUGAGCUUUGAUAGGUUCUCCCGUGAUGAGGUCAUCGGAGAGACACUUGUCCCCUUGUCUGGGAUUGAUUUAUCAGAGGGGCGGGUCCUGAUGAGCCGUGAGAUUAUCAAGAGGAAUGUCAAGAAGUCAACUGGCCGUGGGGAGUUACUGCUGUCCUUGUGUUACCAGUCCACCUCAAACACUCUGACUGUGGUUGUCCUAAAAGCUCGCCAUCUGCCCAAGACUGAAAACAAUGGACCUACAGAUCCAUAUGUCAAGGUCAACAUGUACCAUGGGAAGAAACGUGUGUGCAAGAAGAAGACCCACGUGAAGAAGUGUUCGCCCAACCCAGUCUUUAACGAGCUGUUUGUGUUUGAUCUGCCCUCGGACGAGGGCCUGAUGGACACCAGUGUGGAGCUGCUGCUGAUGGACUCAGACGCAGGCCACUCGCGCUCUCCCAACAGCACACUCGGGCGCCUGGUGCUGGGCACAUCGGUGGUGGGCACCCCUGGUGAGCACUGGAGGGAAAUCUGCGACCAUCCGCGCCGCCAGAUUGCCAAGUGGCACGCCUUGUCAGAAGAUUAGAACCCUGUGGUGUCUUUCGAUUUCUUUAUUGAUAACUUGUGUGGUCAAACCGUGAGAGGGGUGAUGUGAGAAUGUGCAAGAUUUAAUGUAAAGUUUAUCAGUACCUAAUGGACUUCAAGUGAGGGCUUACAGCAAACAGAAGGAGGGGGCUUUGAUGUUGUGCGUGUAAGGUGUACUAUGUGUAUGUGUGUGUUUGCUCUGGGGAGGGUAAAAAUCAUUUCAUUAUUCAAACUCUUUCAAUCACUUAUCUUUGAAGUUCUACAGGUAAAGUGGGGACUGUGAAGCAUGAAAAAGGAAACACAAUGAUCACAAAAUGAUAUCUAUAAACGAUCCCAAAGACUGUCACUGAAAAUCAUUUGUGUAAUCUUAAUAGAAAUAACCAAUUAUCUCUUUAAUCACAAUGCAGAAUGUCUUUAAAUUCCUCUGUUGAUUUCUUCAUCUAUUUCUUCAGCUCUUCCUUCUAUGAAUAGCAACGUAGUUCAUUGUAUGAACCACAUCUGUUAAUGCUGUAUAAAAUUUGUAUUAUUAAAAUUUAUUAAUAGCAAAAAUGUUGUCUUCACAAAAAGCUAUAAUGUUUUUUAUUGUUAAGAGUUUAUUUGUAAAAAUGUUUUGAAGUUAUAAGUGGUAUUUCAUAAAUCAUUGCAUAAGUACACAGAGCCUAAAAUUGGUGGUUUAAGAAAAUUCAGGCAGAAUAUAUGGAGGACAGUGAACAAGUUGUUUUGCAUUUGUGUGUGUGUAGGUGUGUGUGUGUUUAUAUGACAUAUGGAACAACAAAAGGGACAAGGCAUGCACUAUGCUGUCUUGUUUUGUCGCGCCAUAGUGUGCAUGGGUGCGUGCGCGCACGUGUGUGUGGUUUUCAGUAUUGAUUUUUGUGCAGACAGAAUUAAGAGUAUGGAUGCAUGUGUGUGCGUUAGCUCUGAAGCAAUGUGAGCCCCAUAAUGUUUACUGUAGGUGUGACAUUCCCCUUACUGUGAGCACAACGACAGCUGAAGUUUAAAUGUAUGUACCUUACUAUAAAA